AUGGGAGUGACACAAACAUGUAUCAAAGAAAAGCACCCAACUUCCUAAAUUGAAUAUAGUGUUCCUAUGAUAUUUAGAAGAAAACCCUAAGGAAAAAAACCUCAUAAAUAGAAUAUCCUUAUCCCUCCUUUGUAAUUUCUAGGCGAAAGUGAAGAAACCUUAGAGCAAUUAGAAUCGACACUCCAAGAACCGAACAUCAACUUUAGCAUUCAUAAAACUGCAACUUUUAACAGUAGUGCCAAUCGCUAAUCUCUUAAAAUUGACCAAAGUCUGAACCAUUCUCUGAAUACAACGACCCCAAAUUCUGUAUUGCAAUAGAUGCUUAAUAAUUCGUCUUUCCAGGAGUCUAAUAAAAACAAGGAAGAACCAAUCAUACACAAAAAAUAAUAGUAUAAGGAAUCACAAUUUAAGCCUAAUGGCGAAACUUAAAAUGAAAGGCGAGAUAGAUUCGCCAGAAGUUUGAGUAAUAAUUCAAGAGCUUAAAGAGCAUAGAACUUAAAUGACGAAUCUUCAAUAUCAUAGAGGAAGGAUUCAGAGACCAAUACUAAAAAAAAAACUAAUCAACUAAAAAGGGGUAUUAGUCUCAAAUAAUAAUAAAUGCCAAUCAAUUUCGAUGAUACAUAAUCACAAAAAACCUCCAAAAGUCAAAAACGAGUCAAAUUUGAUCCUAAAAUAUUCAGACCUAAAAAUACUCAUUUUUUAUAAUGA